UCAGUUACUGACAAACAACCCAAGCACACAGCGCUGCAUACACCUGAAUGUUUUCAGAGCCAGGUGACAAGACAAAGACGACAACGAAGACAGCGACACUAGGUGGGAAAGGACCAAGGAUGAACCUGAGUUCCAUCCUGAGGAGUGUGAGCAACGGUCUAGGCUUUGGGGUCGCCACAAAGAAAAAGGUAUCGGAUCCUCCACUGUCUCCUUCCUAUGACAAUCCCAUCUUGCGCUCCAGUUCCACUUCGAGCUCCUCUUCCAAGAACUCCGCUCUGGAUCCUGUUUCCAGUCUCUUGAUUCCCUCGGAGGACGAAGAGGACAUCACUCCCGACGAGAAUCAUUUGGCAUCGACUGCUGCAAACCUAAGUAAAAAUCAAAAUCCCUACCAACAGACCAUCCAGCAGAUCCUGCGACUGGUGAACGAACUGGAGCACACAAUCCACGAGGAUCAGCAGCAGGAGUUCAAGCUACGAAUGGCCCUUGAUCGGCAGACGGAACGGGUUCAGGAACUGGUGUUUUCCCUGGAUUCGGAGAAGAAACGAAAUGGACGAUUGGUACAGCUGCUCCGGGGAAUCGAUACGUCCAGUUCCGGCGAAAGCGAUCCGGAGGAGAAGCUACAUAGUGGAUCCCAUGUGAAGUACAGAGAAUUAUGCGAUUCCAUCAGUCCCCUGCUUAUGCAACAACGCUACGAUGAGCUCUCGGUUUCCCAUCGCCAGAGUCGCCGUCAGUUGGCAAAGAAGGAUAAGGCUCUCAAGGUUUUGAAAUGCGAAACAGAGCAGUUGCACUCGAAAUAUGAUCAGCUAUUCGAUGAAUAUCGGGGCGAACAGCGCCGUUUUGAGAUGCUGUGCGCUCGAUAUAUCCAAAUGCAGAUGAAGAAAAAGCAGCAAAUCUUCAACCUGAAGAAUACACUCAAUCAUGCCAGUGAGUGCAUCUUCCACGCCCAAGCGGCCAUCGACGAGUGUUGUCAACAGGAGAGCCCGCCCAUUUCCCCAGAAAACCUGCAAAACUUUAACAGGAAUCUGGACUGUUUUAUGGAUGCCCUGAGGAAUUGCUGCUGCCUACGAAAAGUUCACCAGAUUCAGCAACAACAGAUGCAGAAGGAAAAGGAGGAAGAUGACCAGAUCAUUGAUAUAGUCACCCCAAGAGUAUUGGAUCCCUCCACUUCCAGUAGUGGCACCUACGUUCAAGAUUCCUUAAGUAGACAUCCUCACAGGCAUUCAACUCGUUGAACCUUCACUUUUAGUUACUCCUUAACGUUAGGUUGAUUGUGAAAUCCUUUAUCCCGUGGAAAAUUGCUUCAUUUAGCUAAUGAAAAGUGUAAAAAAAACCAAAA